CGGUGGUUGGAGGGGGAGGGGCUUGUCUCUCUCCAGUCAGGCCCUGGGCAGGGCCGAGCCGAGCCGGGCCGGUAAGGGGCUGAGCCGAGCACCCGAUGCGGGCGGGAAUGUUUCAGGCACCGGCUCGGCUGUGCGCGACGUUACGCCAGCGAGAUCUGCUGCAGCUCAUGUCCGGCUCUUCGCCCGUGUUCAGGCGCCGGGCCCCGCUCCGCAAAACUGACUCGGCGACCGGGUCGUCGACGCCGCCGGCGGCAGCGGCGGGAGGACCGACCCCGGGGGCGACGGGCGCCGCGGCCACUGUGUGUUCCAUGGGAACUAAUACCAACAGGUUGUACAGUGCCCUGGCUCCAACUAUAACAGAUAAUGGAAUACCACAACCAAAGGAAUAUGAUGUAGAGACCAACUUUGAACCAGUUGAUCCAACAGACCCCAGUGAUCUCCUCAAAGAAUGUCAGAAGGUGCUUGAAAAACGUCCACCCAGACUCCAACGGGAUUUUUUGCUUUUAAAGAAAAGUAAUCUUUCUAGUGUGUCACGUCCAAUCAAGGUCCUGCAAUGGAACAUACUAGCACAAGCUCUUGGAGAAUGGAAGGAUAAUUUUAUUAAAUGUCCAAAGGAAGCUUUGAACUGGUCAGAGCGUAAAUACCUUAUCUUGGAGGAGAUUCUAACCUACCACCCAGAUAUCUUGUGUCUGCAAGAAGUGGAUCAUUACUUUGAUACCUUCCAGCCGGUUCUCAGUGGGUUAGGCUAUCAUUCAACAUUCUUCCCUAAACCAUCGUCUCCUUGCUUGGAUGUAGAACAUAACAAUGGGCCAGAUGGAUGUGCGCUGUUUUUUCUGCGGGAACGAUUUGAAUUGAUUGACACUGCCACAAUUAGACUAGCAGCAAAGAUGUUGCAGACCAAUCAAGUGGCUAUUGUCCAAACCCUCCGCUGCAUUGAAACUAGCAAAGUGUUCUGUGUUGCUGUGACUCACCUGAAAGCCUGCAGUGGUUGGGAGCGAUUCCGUUCCUCUCAAGGCUGUGAUUUGCUUCAGAAUCUAGAAACCAUUACUAAUGGAGCCGGUAUUCCUAUUAUUGUGUGUGGAGACUUUAAUGCAGAGCCCACUGAGGAUGUUUACAAACAGUUUACUAAGUCUAGUCUAAAUCUGAGCAGUGCAUACAAGCUAUUGAGUGAAGAUGGGCAAUCAGAACCCCCCUUCACAACGUGGAAGAUACGACCGUCAGGCGAGAGCUGCCAUACGCUGGAUUACAUUUGGUAUUCCCGGAAUGCGUUUUGUGUGAAUAGAUUGCUGAAUUUGCCUACAGAGGAACAAAUUGGCCCUAACCGCUUGCCGUCGUUCCACUAUCCUUCAGAUCAUUUGUCACUUAUUUGUGAAUUUAGCUUUCUGGAUCAAUUUGAUGAAUGUUGACUCAUUUCAAUGUUAUAAAAAGGUCAAAAUUAAUCAGUAUGUUGAAUUGAACCUCUCCGCCCACCCUCCAUUGAACCACUGCCAUCAUUUUGAGACUAGUCUGUCUUCAGACCAGGAUUGUUGGUGAAAUGCUAUACAGUGCUUCUGUCUCAACAGCAGCGAACCUUCUUUCUAAAGCUUGAUUCAAAUGCCACUGAAUGUGAGGACCAUUUCUUUUAAAAUAUUUGUAUAUGUUUUCUUGGAUGGAGCUUGGGUAGUUUGUCUCAAAUUGUGUGGUUUUAUAUGCACAUCAACCAAUAUGUAGUUUGCCUUGUGUUUUAUUCAGAAAUAAACAGAUGGCCAGUCAUUUCUGAUUUUGCACACCGUUAUUACGUUUGACUUUCAUUUAAUCCCCUCUCAAACAGACCAAAGAAAAAUCUGGGCUCAGUGUAAAUGUGUGCACAAUUCCAAAACCACUAAAUUAUUCAACUAUAAACAACAAACUGUGGUUAAGUGGCUGGAAGUGAAUGUGAAAUUCAUUGUAAACUUAACUUUCUUAAUUCUAAUGUUUUUGCAAUUUAGAGGAGCCAUGUGAUGCAAGAGGCUUUUUACUCUUUCUUAGGAUGUGGAUAUUAAGGUCAGUAUUAUUGUCCAGCCCCGAUUGCCCUUGCGGAGGUCUAAUGGCCCCUUUCCUAAGUUGCUGUAAUCCAGCUGGUGUUGGUAUAUAUCCAGUGAUGUUAGGGAGGACGUUCUUCAACAUUCAGAUCUAGUACUUAUUUCCAGUAUAGCACAGUAAAGCCCUUUAUUCUGCUUAGGGGUGUUCCCACUGAACCCAAUUAUUUGUAGUUUUUUUUAAAUCAAGCUGUUCAAACUUAUUUUACAAUGAACCUAUAUCAGCACCAGGAAAUGCCUUUCCUUGAAUAGGGAGAUCAGUUCCAGCGUUAAAAUCCUGCUAUCAAAUUUGCCACACCAUUCCCCAUUUUUUAAAUGCUAAUUUGCAACAUGUCUUUUUAAAUGCGACAGUAAUCCUGUUGUAGUAAUCGGAGGCAAACUUUCCAAUCUUACACACUUAAGGAAGAAUUUGAUCCUGACUGUAACAUGAGCAAUUUAUAUAACUUUUCAAAUAACUCCUAAAAUUUUAAAGAAACCACAAAUUGGGGGUUCUAGUUAACAAUAACUAGUGAUGGUACGACAUUUGAACCGGAUGCAAGCAAUUGCUACUUUAUUAUAGUUUUAAUCUAGAAAAUACUGUGAACUGAUAACCAAUGUUAUUGCAGCUGAAGGUUUUUCUAUGAAUAUUCACUGAGGUGCAAUCUAAUGCAAAGCUUGUAACGCAAAGGUUUUUCUUAAAAAUCCUACAAUUAGUUUUUUUUCAAAAAAAAAACUCCUGGGUGCCAUUCUUCCAAACACUUUUCAGAAGUCUAUUGUAGUUAUGAAAGAGAAGGUCUAUUGUAUUAAGUGUGGUUCCAAACAAUUUUAUUCUUCUCGUCCUGUCUCUAAAUGGGAUCCAUAAAUACUGCACCAUUUUGAACUGUAAAGUCCUACACAUUAAAUGAAUUAUAACGGAUUUGAAAUGGACACUUGUAACUAAAAGUUCAAAAAGCAGUUUUCCUAACUUAUUUCUGCAACUCAACAUGCAUAUUUAUUGUUUAUGAUGUACCAAAUGUUUGUGCAGAGGAAUGUAACU